AACCCUAUAAAGUGCCCUGCUCCCUUGAGAAAAUACCCCGCACGAGUUCUAGCAGCAUAUUACUGUUCGCAGUCUCUGAGAUUCUGCACUUCAAACGGCUUUCGUCAGCUAUUACCUGAACUCCACUUCAUCAGCAACAAUCCCAGCAACCAUGCAACCCGUUAUGUCGACGACGUUCGUGUACCUAUUGUCUAUUGUAUUCACUGUCGUUCAGUUCACCACGGCCGACUUCGAUCUCUAUAGGGUCGACAGCGACUGGUCUAGACUCGGCUGGGCUCUCUUCGACAUGGACGCAGAACCAGGCACCGCUGGUAGUACGUGUGACGAUGUAAAUAACCACGCCUUCUAUCCCGGCAAGAACGACUUGAGCACGGCCGUCUGGUCAUCGUGGCCGGAUGUCAAUAUAGUUGAGAUGCACUUCGUCAACAAACCUCUCUAUCACUGGACAAUAUACAAGGACGAUGGGUACGUGCGGGACAACGGAUGGAAAUGGUGGCUAUGGGGCGUCGACGGCCACAACUACGGAGAGUGCUUUGCAUACGAGGGUCACGACGUGGAUUGCUAUGAUGCGAAGAGCAAUGGACAUGUCUACUACAACUGCAAAUUCCGUUGCAACGUGCGGGAUCCCACUAUCACUGCGAAGGCUAUCAACGCGGCGUACUGGAAGGAUACCGGGUACAAGCCGCCAAACACCAAGAAGUCACUCAGCAAUGGGGCGGUUGGCAAUGCGACUGCGAUUGCGUGGACAAACUAA